AUGAAUCCGAGACAAUUACUGCUACUAGCGCUCGGCGCUGUGGCGGUGGAAGGCUUUACGGAUACAUCCCCCUUUGUGCUCCUUUCGACGUCAGACUUCCCCUCAUCCUCGUCAAGCCUCAAAUCGGCUACUUCUCUUCUGAGCGAUGUCUGGGAGAAAUUAAAGACCUGUCCCUCGGACUACUACAUCGUCGCGUCGCAGCCCGGCGUGCACGCUGCCGACUAUUCGGGCCGCCGAGCUGCUCCUCGUCUUCGGGAAAAGGUGCUAGGAAAGGACAAGGCCAUACGAUCUAAUGUCACGGUCACAGAGGUCGCAGGUGUCCUGGACCCCUUGGCUAUUGGGAAUGGGCUAAGGGAUGAGUGUGGCGCAGAAGUGACCGAAAUCGACGCAUCAACUGGUUCUUACCCUUCGGAUUUUGGAAAAGGCCCCAGAGUGAUUUAUGUGACGUUUCCGGCCCUGCCUUUGCGGGACCAGCGUGCCCAGCAGCUUUCUGAUAACGAUGGAUUCCUCUCCGAUAUCAUUGAUCGAAUCCCAUCUUCCAAAUACUCCCUCGUGUACACCACCUCACCUCGGGAGUCUGAAGAGGGAGAGAGCACUUCGGUAACUUACAACAGCGAUGAUAUCAAAGACCAGGAAUACCUUCACCAGGACCUAAAACGCGACUUUGGAGAAUUUGCUCGACAGGAAAACGCGGACAGCAACCAAUCUCUCUUUGAUAAAUACCAAUUUUUCAGUCCAGGCAUCUUCAUGGGAGCUAUCGCUCUCUUUGUUCUCGUUGGAAUCCUGUAUGUCGGUAUCUCGGCUCUCUUGAGCCUGGAAGUCUCGUACGCUGCUUUUGAAAAGGACACCACGCCUGGACAGAAGAAGCAGCUGUGA